UUGACGUCACACCUCCGCACCGCCCCUCGACCUUUCACCCUUUGCCGCGUGCACGCAGAGCGCUCAACUUCCGCUAUUUUUGUUUUUUUUAAUUCGCCGGGCUGCCCGCGACUUUUAAAGUGGAGGCGGCUGAUAAAAGGUGCUUUGCCAAUCAUCUGCCCUGGCAUGAACAGUGAGCAGGAUCAGCCACAAUGCAGUGCCCCCGGUCCAGAUGGUGAUGGCGAGGACUUGCCCGUUUUCACCUUUCUGCAGAAGCAGCUGGCACUAGCACAUGAAAAUGCUGCUCCAGAACUGCUUGUACUGGAGAGCUCGGACUCUGACAGCUCUUGCUGUUUCCCUGUUGGAACACUUCAGGACCCCUUGAAGCCUACAGAAGACGUCACGAUGAUCAGCAGUGAAAGUGAUGACGAGGAUGUCUAUGUGCCUCUUUCAGAGAGGCUGAAAGAGAGAUUCGGAGCAAAAGAUGCUGACGUGUGCGGCCCCCUAGACACUCCUCUGCAGAGCGACAACGCUGAAUUACAAAAUCAAUCCGAGAAUUUUGCGCAGUCACUUAAUAAGAAUAAUGAGCAAGUAACUGGCGCAGUGAGGCAAACGCAUAUGGUUGGCAAGGCGUCCGUUUGGGAUAUAUCCGACUCCGAAGACGAGGCUGGAACUCUAAGGUUAAUGGAAGGCCCAGGUCCGAGUAGCACUUCAGCUGGCAAGCCUCCAUUCACUGGCCUGAAAUCCGGUCUCUCGUCCCCAGUAAAAAAGCGUCUCGUUAAAUGUAACCAAGAAGAGGUUGAAGAAAAGAGGCUUCUUACGCUGCAGAAGAAAAAGGAGCGGGAAAAGCAGCGGGCAGAGAGAGAAACGAAGAAACACGAGAUUGAACGAGAGCGAGCAAAAAAGAAAGCUCUGGCUGAAGCGGUCAGGGCAAUGAAACCAGAAGAAUGUAUAAAGAAUCUGUUAGUCGAUCUUUUAGUCGCGAUUGAUCCAGCUUUGCUGCAGGUAGAAGGCGGAGGCCAAUUGCUUACUCUGUUACAGUCCUUGAAUUACAACUAUGUGGUGGAGAGCCAGGCUGUGCCGUGCAGCGUCACUUGGAAGAGGAGAACGCACUUGACCGAGGCUGGAGAGACGCAGUAUGCCAGUGAGGCCAAUGUGGUGGUUCUUGUGCCGACGGAGGAUUUCAUUUCCAUGAUCCUGUGCUCCUCGGAGGAACGCCAGGGCAUCUCUACCAGCGGCAGGCAAUCUUUGAAAAGCUGGGCACGGAAAAUAUUAGAGCACUUUGGAAAGAAGACCCUGACGGUGGCCGUGGUGAACCUGGAGACGUACUUCAGGUCACAGAAGUGUCAGAGCCAGCGGAGGUUUCGCGAGGAGGUACUCGGUGACGGUGACGCUGGCAGUAAAAGGAGGAAGAGAAAAGCAGGUGAAGAUGUUCUCCCCAAGGUCUCCAGGGUGGAAGUGGAAGAGGCGCUGGUGGAUCUGCAGUUGCUCACAGAUGUUCAGGUUCACUUGUCCGAGUCCUGGAAGGCCUUCUCCGAUUACGUGGCGAUGGUGUCCAAGGCCGUCGCUGAAACUCCUUUUAAGCGCCAACGUGACCAGGCAAGCUUCAAUUUCUACUUGGAUGGCGAGUGGGCAGGAGGAUGCAAAGUGGACCGGAAUGGCAGGGGGCUUCUCCAGGUGUGGAAGAGGCAGAUCCAGCAGUUCAAUCGCGUCAGCCCUGAAAUUGCUAGUGCCAUCUUGGCGGCCUUCCCAUCACCCCAGUCACUCGUUAAGGCCUACCGGAAGUGCAGCUCCGAGGCGGAGAGGCAGAGACUUCUUGCAGACGUGCAGGUCCGGCGAGGAGAAGGAGUGACGGCGACUUCACGCCGCAUCGGACCCGAACUUUCCAAGCGCGUUUAUUUGCUGCUGACGUCAUGUGACCCAGAACUGUCCCUGGAGGCUGCUGGUUAGACGCCAAGUCUGCGUGAAGAACCGUCAAAAGCGGGCAUCAAGCACGUGGUACCUGCCAAAGGACCAUUCUGGUGGCGUCUGAAAUGACGUGUGUGGUUUAAACGUGGGCACCAUGCCCAGCCGAAUGUUGAAUGUACGUGUAAACCUAAUUGUCAUCUCCUCGGGUUUAACGGGUGGGCUUCAGGGCGAGCUUUGAAGGCCGAAAACAAAUAAAUAAAGGGGUCCGGCAUGAA